CCGCCCCAUCCCCCUCCGCCCACCCGCUGACCCGUCUACCCCCCUCCUCGAAUUUGCAAAUCGCCACUUGUCGCCUACCUUCUAUCGCCUUGUCUCCCAUCCCUGCCGUCAUCGCACAGUAGACCCAGUCUUACGAAUCAUAUAAGAUGGCUUUGAAGCGCAUUAACAAGGUGCGUUCAGGAGAACCCCCCAAUGCUGCGCAAUGAUACAAGCGGCGGGGUGCGCACGGAAUGGGCUCACACGACUCUUGAUAAUAGGAACUCAUCGACCUCGGACGUGACCCGCCUUCCUCUUGCUCUGCCGGCCCCAUCAAUGAAAACCUCUUCCAAUGGCAGGCCACUAUCAUGGGGCCCGUGCGUGUGAUUCCAGGGACGAUAUUCGGAAAGGUGCUGACCAUUGCCCAGGCUGACUCUCCCUACUCUGGCGGGGUCUUCUUCCUCUCUCUCACCUUCCCCACCGACUACCCCUUCAAGCCUCCUAAGGUGCAGUUCACCACCAAAAUCUACCACCCCAACAUCAACGCCAACGGUUCCAUCUGUUUGGACAUCCUGCGAGACCAAUGGAGUCCGGCUUUGACCAUCUCAAAGGUGUUGCUGUCCAUCUGCUCAAUGUUGACGGACCCCAACCCCGACGACCCCUUGGUUCCCGAGAUCGCCAACACCUACAAGACUGACAGGCCACGAUAUGAAGCCACAGCGAGGGAGUGGACAAGGAAAUACGCUACAUAAUUGAUGUGUAUCUCCCUUUCCAUGGCCUUUUGUGUACCUUAUCAUUCUCGACCAGUCAUGCGAUCAUUACACACCUUCACCUCCAACAUCUCUCAUUUUAUCAACACGUUGUUUUGGGAUGUUACCGUUGUGCAUCUACUUGUCGUCUCUUGCUGACCCGUGGUACUGACC